AUGAGGAGUCGAUCAAUCAAGGGAACUCGAUCUCUUGCUACGACUGCUCUUGCAGCGAUUUUGACAAGGAUCGACGAACUUUCCGUAGAUCUUCUGAUGGACAUGCCGGCUGUGUUGUUGCAAGGAAUAUGGCAAGAAAUCAAGAACCGACAACUCGUGAGCUUUCAUGUCUGGCGAGUCUUCUCUGUCCUGCUCAAAAAAGACGAUGCAACUCUGCGUAUCUUAAGACACAGAGACCAGAUCACCAAACCCAAGUCUCCUUUGCGAUUCUACACUACACCUCUCACAUCCGAGUCCUUCGAGUUCCUUACUUAUCUGAGUAUCACAACAACUUUCGCAAUUCCAGAACUCGUCAAAUUAUCAGCAGUGAAAAACUUGGUCGCCUUGGAGAUUGUUAGUAAAGAUAAAAACUCUGAGCAUUGCGUAUCGGAUCGGGUUAUCCGUGCUUGGAGCUUUGCUGCCAACAGUGAGGGUGCCUUCCAGGUUUUGCGGAUCCUGAAGCUUUGGAAGCACCUCAAUGUCACUAAUGUAUCACUUGCAUACCUCAACUCCUUUCCAUCUCUUGCUGUUUUCGAUGUCACUGGUUGCGGCUUCGAUUUGACGGCAAGCGUAAAGGCACGGGACUUUGGAUGGAAGCCAACUAUUGACCCUAAUCUGCUUGGACAAUUUGAGGCCGCAUGUGUGGAGCGAGCGGUUGUUAUGCGAGCUGCGCUCGGCAAGGAGCCCCUACCUAGUCGAAAAGCCUCUGCACAGCAAUUAGGGUUAGAUGCUCUUGUUUCCCGAUUACCACGAGCAGAUGUACCUGGAUUCUUGAGUCGCGAUGAGACAACCAUUCGACCUCAAAGCCCAAAGGACCCUACAGCCCUUGACACCCAUGAGCGGAAAGAUCCAAGCAUGAGCGGCAAGACGCAGGCGGUGGACGUUUCUCAGAAGGAUAAACCGAAACUAAAUAGAUCUAUUCCGGUCUGGGAUUUCCCAGUUUAUACGAAGAUCAAUAGGAUAGGGGAACUGAGAAAUGAUGGUGAUCUCCAGAGAGCCGGUAUUGAGAUCGGAGAUCAACCCGUUGUCGAGAAUGAUCUGAUCUGUCCUAUUCCAAUCGUAUCUUUUCGUAUUGGCCCCACUCCAGCUUGUCUUGUUUACACAAUGAAGGACUCUGCUCAGAGAGCUCCAAACAAGAGCACAUACUCGAUUGUGGAACCAUUACAGGAAUCCGUUCACACAUGGAAAGAGUGCCCACCCAAAGGCGGAGCUCGUCAGGCUCAACGACUUGCGUUCACCAGGAUCAAGUACGAUGUGACAGAAGUUCUCCCUUCGUCUAUCAACCAAGAAGUGCCAUCAGCUCGAGAUACUGGCACAACCCAAGCACAUUUGAAGAGACCCAGCAUAGCGGGAUCGAGACCGACAACCUCUGGUGGAUCGGCCCCUGCUAAGCGCAGACCUAUUGGUAGAUUUGGAUUAGAGAGAAAGAGAAAGAGCCUUGGUGAUGUCUUGGGCUCGUUCUUGUCUUAG